CCCUGCAGGGUGUUGCAGGCUGUGUUGCUGAACUACAAAUCCCAGAGGCAUCUGGAAGCAGGAAGAGGAAGUGAUGAGCGGUGAUGAGCAACUCUGCAGAGUCCUGAACUUUCUUUAUAAUAUAAAGAAAGAAAACCACUUUUGGCUGUGGUGCUCCUACCUGAGUACGCAUAUCGGCACUAUAUUAGGUCAAUGGUCAAUGCUGUCUUUCCCUGGGACUUCUGUUCCCAUUUUCCUUUCCAGACAAGUUCUUAGGCUCCCGAAGAGUUAGUGGCAGGAAAUGCUUGUUACUAACAUCAAAGCACUCAAAAGCUCUUAGGGCCAGACUUUUUUGGAGGCAUCUAAAAGUCCCCACCACUUUCACAACACUUCCGGACAUGUAAGUGCUGGUGUCUGCGCAUGUGCAGCCGGCUGCGCCCUGCCCAGGAACCUGCUCUUCCUUUCACUUUUCAAGCUAACAAAUGCUGGAAGAUGAAAACGCAUAUAGAAGUUUGAAAUUAGAAAGAACUGGACAGAAAAGCUACAAUUAAACACCAUAGCUCAUUUACUAUGGGAAUUAGAUGUGGAUGUUGCUAUUUCAUAAUCUGAACGACUUUUUCCAACUUGAGAAAACCGAAGACGUGUUUCGGGGGCGGAACACAGCACAGCACUGCUCAGCAGGACCAGCCAGGUGAAUACUUUUCUGCCUUCCCCUUGUGCUUUGGAUAAAGUUUCAGUGAAGAAGAUGCCUUCCUCAUUGUGCCAAAUCUCCAGAGUCUCCACAUCACUGCCUGGUUUACUCACACUCUUCAUUACUUUUCAUACUUGCAAGGUGGAAUCAGACACUGAAUAUCUAAUGUUGGACAAUCAGCUGCAGUUAAAGUUGCUCAGCCCUUUCUAUUUUAAGCCUGUGUUUUCAGUUGUUUGUCAUUUUCCCAGUCCAGGCUGAAACUCUGCCAGCCCUGUUUACAGUUGUUGGACCUGAUCAGCCAAUCACUGCCAUUGUGGGGGAAGAGAUCGUAUUGCCAUGCCGCCUGUCCCCCAACAUGAGCGCUGCGAACAUGGACGUGAGGUGGUUCCGACCUGGGUCUACAAAUGAUGUUCAUCUGUACCGUGGUGGGAGAGAUCGGUUUGGAGGACAGAUGCCAGAAUACAAGAGAAGGACAGAGUUUUGGAAAAAUGGCCUCACAGAUGGAAAUGUUUCCUUGAGGAUUCUCAAUAUUGGGCCUUCAGAUGAAGGGCUAUACAUCUGCCUUGUUGAAGAUGAUAUUACUUAUAAAGAAGCUGUAAUAGAACUGAAGGUAACAGCUUUAGGCUCUAAUCCUAUCAUCUCUGUGGAGGAUUACCAGAAGGGAGGGAUCCGCGCGACGUGUCGAUCAGCUGAGUGGUACCCAGAGCCCCAGGUGCUGUGGAGAAAUGCCCAGGGGCAUCAUAUAGCAUCGCUUUCUGAAAUCAAAUCCCCAAAGGUGAAUGGCCUGUUUGAAACAGAAAUUUCUGUUGUCAUAAACGGACAUUCAAACCCGAACUUGUCCUGUUGGAUCAGGAACAGCCUCCUCGACUGAGAGAAGGAAUCAGCAAUUCAUAUAUCAGCUCUCUUUUUUCCCAGUGUGAAUCCCUGGAUGGUGGCACUGAGCGUACUCCUCGUGGUUGUGUUAAGUUUCACAAUCCUGAAUGUAUAUCUCUUCAAAAUAAAUGGAAAUCUUCAACGAGACCUUGGGUGGAAAAGAGCUGUGAUCUGUCCAGGGCUGAGGCAAACUGCACCGCCUUUGGAAAAAGACGACGUAACUCUGGAUCCAGACACGGCUCAUCCUGAGCUCGACCUCUCUGAGGAUGGGAAAAGUGUGAGACGGACACACACACGGCAGCGCCUGCCCUACAAUCCUGAGAGAUUUGACAGUUGGUGCUGUGUCCUGGGCCGUGAGGGAUUCACCUCCGGGAGACACUGGUGGGAGGUGGAGGUGGGGGAGGGGGGAUGGUGGGCCGUGGGGGUGGCCAGAGAGUCUGUGAGGAGGGAGGGAUGGAUCAACUUUAGCCCCGAGGAGGGGGUCUGGGCUGUGCGGUGCAAUGGGGAUCAGUACGAGGCUCUCACUGCCCCUGUUCCCACCCCCCUGCCCCUGGACCGGGCGCCCAGCAGGGUGGGGGUGUAUCUGGACUGCACAUUGGGGCGGGUGUCGUUUCUCGAUGCUGACACCUGGGCCCCGAUCUUCACCUUCCCGCCGGCCUCGUUCGCGGGGGGCAGGAUCCGGCCCUGGCUCCGGGUGGAGGUUAGUGAAAUGUAUCUCAGGCGGCACCAGUGAGAGGUGUUGUAUAAUAUUUGCUGCUUGCUCCCGAGUGACCAGCUGUCAUUUUUAGGAAAGUACUGACUGUACUAAUUUACAGAUAAGCAGCCGCCAUGUACUAACUCACAGAUAGCAGCCGCAGCCAUUGCGUAUAUUGUCACGCUAUUGCCGUAACUGUUGGGCACUCCCUCAAACCCAGGGGGAGACCACCAUAUAAGGGAACUUACAGAAUAAUACAAGCCAAUUGUUUCACGGGGACACUGAAAAUUGUGGCAGCCUUAUAAAACAACCAAGGAAUCCGGAAGAAAUCACUCAGGAGUCCGAGACUAAGCGAACAGGGUGGAAUCUGGCCAAUUCUAUCUCAGUCUCGCGAAUGCCCACCGAUAUCCAAAACCCAGGGUGACCCCUCCGUAUCCCGAACGAGUGAUCUCUCCCAGGGGAGUGAAUAACUGCAGUUUCUGUAACAGCUUUAAGAGAACUGAGCCUCACUGCCAACGUGAGUACAAAAAUAAAACUUUUUACAUUACUCUUUAAGUGCCAAGGGACUCUGCCUCUGUGUUAUUACCUCUUCGUUCUCGCCCAGGGCGUUUUACUCACACUGCCCGCCAAAUGGCGAUGAGGAUGGGAACUCUGAGAUGAGAAGGGAAAACACAUGCAGACCCCUUAGUAAAGUAUUGUCUGUGGGCGAACCAUCAGCGGCCUCCGUCCACCGACGCGGACGGCCUUUGGGCCCACAUUGCCUACCACCAGGUCGCACAGAAUGGAAAGUUAGGGGGCUAUUUGUCCAUCCAGCCAACCGACACCCUCACACACCAGCCCAGGACAGCUAAGGAAUGGGUGGUGUCCAGGCUCAAUCCCACUGCGCUUGGGUGCCUCCUGUCAUGCCCCUCUGUCCUGUACCGGCCCCCCGAUGUAGUGGCGGAGGUCGAACUUAGUCGGAUCAAACCAAUGGGUGGGGGCGUCGACCGCUUUGGGAAAUUGGACAGUUGGUCAUGUAUCUUAGACCCACCCCAAAGGCACAUGUCCUAGAGUCCAAAUGGGUUGGACCCUUCACUAUCAUUAAUUGAUUGAGCCCAACUGUGGUCCAAAUUGAUAAAGGAGAAUCUGGGAAAGGGGUGCAUGUGUCACAACUGAAACUGUUCAAAGGGGCAGAAUAAACCUAACCUUGAAUCUAACCUUGUCCUAAUAGGAUACUUCCCUUCAUCAUGAGAAGAGAGGUUUGAGAAGUGAAGGAGUAAAACUGCCUGACUUGUGAGGAACCAGGUAAACAAUCUCUUAACCCUGCUGGCCACCCUUCUUGGCUAGGAGGAAGGAACGGCUCCAUGGAAAUGCAUAGGAUCCAUGUCUGAUGUGUAGGAAAAUACGCAUCAGACAAGCUGAUCAGUGCUCACCCCAAUGUUGAGGCAGGGAAAGGCCAGAGAAGUCCUUGACUUAUGACGACCACCCUCUUAUAGGUAGUCACCCCAUUGGUCUACAAAGACUUGCAUUAAAGCAGGCACACAUCUGACUAAUUUACCUGAUCCCUUUCCCCUACCCCUCGAGCCAAUUCUGUUUUCUUUUGUUUUGUUUUAAUACUAAAGCUUUCAACAUGGAGAUCCUAGGUCUGCGGGAAAUCCUUUCCAUGUGGAUCCUCCUGCUUACUGCCAGCCUUCACUGUGAUUCAAACAGUGAACUGACAUUACAAAGCAAAGGUGUCAAAUGCUGUCUGGAGGUGGCUAGCAGUGAUACUAGCCUGGAAGGCAUCCAGGACCUACAGUGGCCGACCUCUCAGCAGAAAGGCUGCAAACAUUGGGCAGCCCACUCCUGUUGGAUUUGGAAUGGCAUACAUGAAUUUAACUUGCAUGAUUCCUCCCACCUUGUCAUUUUUCUCAAAUCUAGGUGCGAUCCCCAUGCAGUGUGUGUUCAUGUAGGAUUGAAUCCUGGUAGAGAAAUCCAGGAUUACCAGGGUGGUAAAGUCUGGAGAACCAACAGAAUUCCCAUUCCAGCAGAAGGAAGGGUAAUGCCAGGGUGGAUGCGGGAUAGACUGACUGGGAGUACUGGGCACUCCUGUGUUUUUAGACUGCUCCAUUUACCCAGACACACGCCUGCCCCCAUGGUGUCCACAACCAUACCCUCUCCACCACCACCUCCCCCCCUGUUCCUGUAUAGCGUGGAACCUUUCCAGUCCCCUGCCUGCUGGGGAACACACCAUCCAGGUGUGCUGGGGCAGCAAUAGUACUAGUCCAGACAUCCCAGCAUGAAUGAUCAUCAGCUUUCCACAAGGACAGUUGGCUGUCAACUUCACCCAUCCAAAAUCUGAACUCAUAGACUUUACCCUCAAUGCCACCAGCUGCCCUGAGGAGCGUCCCCUAUCCAGCUGUGGCACCCUAGUGUAUGACUUCUCAUUAUCCAGCUCUGGACUGUGGGAAGCUUCUACUUCCAAGGACUCCCCAACCCUAGCCGCAGAAAUCAUAAUCCAUGACAAAGCACAAAGACAUGUGAUUGGACCUUUCUUAGUAAAGCAGGAUAUCAGUAAACCUUUAUAGACUAAUAUGACACAAUCCCUGUGGAAUGCCACUCUCAAUCUGCAAUCCCACAGCAUCACCCAGUUGUAUCCACAGUGUGCCAAUUAUGUCAUCCUGCUAAGUGCUGGAUGGCAGGCUUGCACUCAGCAGCUCACAUAUGAGCCUUCUAACAGCUCUGGAUCCAGUGGCCCAUGACACCAAUGAUCGCUAUAUGCAGUGCUGGGAGCAAUGGGUACUGGCACCGGUAUCUUUAAUACCAUGAACACAGAGGUGCUCCGGAACAGAUUGGUACCUGUGGGAAAUCUGCUUCACCACUUGGAUGGACCUACAAGGGACAAUUUUGAAACCUCUAUUCACUUAAGUGUCUCUAUUGCCUCCCUUAUGCAGUGGAUGACUGAAGUAGCUUCCCAGGAUUCCCACACCCUAACUGAAGCAAACAUAGCCCUAAGGCAAAACACCUCUCUUGCCCUCAUGUGUACCCAGGUCCAGGUAUGGUACCUGGACGUAAUUAAGGGUAUUAUACUGCAAUUCCUGAAAGGACACAUCCCCCUAGAACUACAAAAUCUGUUAAGAAAGGAAACCAGGCAGUCUCCACAUUUAACCCCUUAUGACUGGCUAACACAAUUCAGCUUUGAUCAAAUUUGUGGUCUAUCGAUCUUAUAAUCAUGGGGGUGGUUAGUGGUAAAAUAAAUCAAGUAUUCCCAAUAAUAAAAUUGGGGAGCCAGAUCAAUGACACUUUCAUGAUCCCACAAACAGGCAAACAUUGGGCUUUAAAACAACCUAAUGGCCAAUUGGAAGCCAUUGCAGUCAAUAACUGUGAGGAUGUUGGCUCCAGUUUCCUUUCUGAAGAACUUAUGUUACAGCCCAAACCCUUUGUUUUGACCCUGAUUUUUCAAUUUGUCCCUAUGUAAUGUUCAAAGACCCCAGUGCUCAAUCCCUACUUGUCAGCAUUGGUUUUGGAUGUGUUUGUCUCCAUACCCUUCGUCAAUCCAUUACAGUGAAUGAAUUUUAUAAUAUUACUGGCCUGCAACACAACAUCUGUCUAUGUGAUGUCAGAUCCAUCACUGGGUGUGACAUUCAGUACAGAAAGAGGACCAUGAUACCUCAGUCAAUCACCCCACAGUACAGCCUUUUGAAAUCUAAACUUACCCCAAUCCACCUAGGUACAUCCCCCCAAGCCCUCAGACAUGCUGCCACACACCCAGAACUCCAACCAGCCCUGCAAGCAUUACAGUCCCAAGCCAACAAAACCUAUACUAUCAUCCAAACUAAUAACCACCAAGUCACCCAGGAACUCACCAAAAUCAAAGAAAAAUCCACCCUGUUGUAAUACUCUUCACCCUAAUGAUAAUUUUAACAUUCCUAACUAUAUUCCUGUACUGUAAACUCAUUGACACCCUACGUACUGUACGUGCUAAAAUAGAUGAGGCUAAAGCAUUAGGCCAAAUAUUACAGUGACAUCACCCUGAGGGCCAAUGUCAAGUUGGGGAAUAAUGUAGCAAGAAACCUUUUUACCUGCCCCCACCCCUCAAAUGUGAAGCUCCUCCAUAUGGCAAAAGCCCCUUUUGCAGUAUUUGCCCCCUUUUGGGGAUGCUUUCUCUUUUCUACCUUUUCUUCCUUCCUCUCUUUUUCUCUUAUUAUAUUAUUAUUAUUUUUAUAUAAGGUGUAACUGUAGUGAAAAUAUCGGUCCCGGAAUGAAUCAUGGUUGACUGUGUAACACAGUAGCUAGUCUGGAUAAACAAAUACAGAGCCAGGAACUCCCUGAAACUUCACUGUUAAAGGCGUGGAAGCCCCGGUUUGAACUAAUCAACUCUGGAAACAGACCCUUGAAAUGCCCCCUGAUCAACCGUUCCAGAGCUCUAUUCACCACGGCAGUGAAUCAAUCAAAAUUCAUCAAUGGACUCUAACGACUGCACAUACCUGCAGACCUGACCCCUGGGGCUGACAGCUGCCAUCCAGCAGCUAUCAAGACGGACUUCCCUCGAGGUCAACGACCCCUGGAUUGGGUAAGCCGGAGAACUGGGGAGUCACCAAAGUCUGCCAGAGAGGAAUAAAAGGGAACAAAGAAUGAGCCGCAAUGGCCCCCUCUUUGACGUGACCAGCACCCCGCCUGUCCACCCAGAAGGUCCAGCUGGGGACUCCCUUCUGGAGCAACAUCACACGGAAAGAAGCCUCAAUUGGCCAUCAACGGUGGACUCCAGGUGUGCUUCAGCCUUUCCCUCCGUGUACCAUAGCUCAAUGGCUCCACCACCGAGUAUCCCCAGCAAUUUCAGGGGUGAGUCACCUCAAAUGCUCCACCCCUUUUGGGGCUCGAUUUCAAUACCCCAGGUGGGGAGAUCCCUUGCAACUUCUGCUGCCGUUCGCCAUCCAGGCACUCUCUGAUCACGCUGGCUCCCUCCUUUGCCGGCGCAGAGAGCCUCCACCUCCUCACUUGCUCUCCCCUCCCUGCUGCCGGCAGCUGCUUUUAUUCUUGCUGGCUGGUGCAUCCUCAUGACAUCAUCUGCCAGCCUUAAUUGCAAAAAGGCAUGGCUUGUGAACCACGUGGGCUCUUCCCUUCAGUGUUCCAGAGUUUCUUCUGCCACAGGUAAGUAAAUGUUUUGGUUUUUUCCUCCAUUUUGGGAUCUUUUUCAGUGUCGAGCCCCACAGAUGGGGCUUCCCGGUCAUAGUUUUCAUAGAUUUCAUAGAUUUCAUAGACAUUAGGGCUAGAAGGGACCUUGGAAGAUUGAGUCCAGCCCCCUGCCCGAAGGGCAGGAAGUCAGCUGGGGUCAUAGGAUCCUAUAGGUCCCGCUUCUCCUUAUCUCCAGGACACAACCCUCCCUCCCUGCCCAAGCAGCCAUGGGGCAUUUCAUUCCAUUGCAUUAGGUUUCUACCUGCGUCAACGGUUGUUUCUUUAAUUUGUUGUGGACCAACUUCAUCUCUGGAGUCCUCUCCGCACCUGGAUAGGAAGUCCGCCCUUAUGUUAUUUUUUCCUGGGCGAUGUAAUAUAUGAAAUUUGAAGGGUUGGAGUGCUAGGGCCCACCUUGUGAUAUAGGCAUUAUCUAUUUCAGUUGAGCUCAGCCACUUCAAGGGGGCGUGAUCUGUUACUAAUGUGAGUUCUUUCCCCAUCAGGUAAUACCUGAAGUGCUCCACAACCCAGCGGAUCGCCAGACACUCCCGUUCUAUGGAGGUGUACCUUGUUUCUGGGGGCAGUAGCUUUUUAUUGGCAUAGGUGACUGGCCUCUCCGUUUCAGUGUCUUUCUGGGUCAACACAGCCCCCACUGCUGUUUCAGAGGCAUCAGUCUGUAAAAUAAAAGGUUUUUGGAAGUCA